CAACUGCCAACGGCCCAUCCCCUCGCCCCUCGUCACAGUCGCACCCCUCCUCUCUGACCCAGGGAGUCUCGAUGCCAUUGGAGCUUGCAGGCAAGCCAUGGAGCCCCAGAAUCUGCAGGCAGCAUCCACCUACAUCAACAAUGUCCUCCUCGCCAGGGGUCUGCUAAAGAGCGGUCACCCCAUCGAUUUCGCCAACCCCGAAGAUGAGGAAGGCGGCUCCCCCGCCACCAUGGGCCGCAUCAUCAACCUGGUCAAUGACCUGGUUCUACGCAGAGAUCGUGAAGCCGACCACCGAGAGAACCUCGCGACUACGAUCCGGACACUACGGGCGGAGGAAUCCCAGAAGACUGCGGAACUGGAGAAGGUGAAGACCAAGGCGUCCGAAUUGGCCCGCUCGCUGGCUCUCGCCGAGGCGCAAGAACGCGCCUUGAAAGCGAACGCUUCCAGUGCCGACACGACCGUCCGCGCACUGAAAGAGCAGGUGCAGCGUAUGAAGACGACCGUCCAACAAGUCCGGGCCCAGUGCGCCAACGACAUCCGCAAGCGCGACCUGGAGAUGCAGAAGCUCAAGUCACACUUGGCGGAACGGCAGCGGGGGAGGCGAGAGGGAUUGACGACGACGACGAUCAACAUCAAUCCCGCAGCCAGUCAAGCAUCAUCUAGGUCGAGGCUUGCCGCGGGUGGGGAGGGACUUAACGAUCCGGGAUACAGCCUGAAGCAGGAGACGAACGAUUUCCUCACCGAACUAUGCCAGAACCUCAGUGACGAAAACGACACCCUCAUCUCGCUGGCACGGAACACCGUAGAGACGUUGAAGGACCUACAAGGUUUGUCGCAGGCCGAGGAGGAGGAUGGAUCGUUGCACGGCUCGGUUACGGCACUCCCGGCCUCCUGCGAUGAGCUCUCGGCUCAGAUGGACCACGUCCUGGAACACCUCCGAACUCUGCUCACGAACCCUUCGUUUGUGCCUCUCGAGGAGGUCGAAGUGCGGGAUGAGGAGAUCAAGCGGCUCCGGGAAGGUUGGGAGAAGAUGGAAGGCAGAUGGAGCCAGGCCGUGACGAUGAUGGAUGGAUGGCAGAAACGCAUUGCGGAUGGAGGCCACUCAGUGCAGGCUGAGGAACUCCGGAGAGGAAUGACCCUGGAUCUACGCUUGGAUACAACACAGGCUCGAUCGAAGGAUGGAGAUCAGGAUACUAGCAUGCGGUCUCCCAUUUUUGAAGACCAACAAGCAGAGGAAGCGGAAGAACAAACAGCUGUAGAAGUUGCCCCGGAGAAGCCCCGACGAUCACCUACGCCCAAGAAGACUCACGCACCCAUCAGGGAGGGGAGACUCAGGAGACCUAGCCAAGCCUUGAAAGAGCGAAGUGACAACAUCAUGACUGGACGGUCCCCUCGCAAGGUCUCCUUUACCACAGGGCUCCAGAAGCCACCGUGCGAGCCUAGCGGAGGGGACGACGAGACGCUGCAGGUGAAAGCCCACCGGUCUGAGGCUGUGACACGCCGGGCGUCGAAGAAGAAAUCCGAGUCCAAGGUGCCGUCUCGUCGGGGGGAUAGUCCGCAACAAAGGGAGUCACGUCUGAUCGCCGCUGUUAGCAACUCUUCGCGGAUGAGUGUGUCCGAAAAGCUGGAAGCCGUCGAAAGCGAAGCUCGAGCCGCGGAACAGGCUCGCAAGGAAAGCGAGAGUCGAAAGCGAGGCCGGGCAGCCAAGGGAUCCUCCAGCAAAGGACGCCAGAACCGACGUCGAAGCACGCUGACGACUGACGAGUUGGGAGAAUUGUUGGGGAUGCCUACAAAGUGAUAUUCUGCUCCGUGAUGUUCCCGGAAAACACGCUUGUUCGAUACCCCCUGUUCAGUGUCUGAGUAUAUACCAUGCCUGUUUUGCAUAUUCCUGGAGACGACGCAAUGAUGAUCAGCCUUUUCUUCUCCUUAGCUUUUAGCAGCACCUGUGUCGGUAAUAGUAAUAC